AUGAACUGUAACAUAUGUUUCCAUGAAUACCACCCAAAAAAUCUGACACCCAGAAUCUUGACCACUUGUGGACACACCCUGUGUGAGGAAUGCGUUCGAAAACUUACUAUAGAGCGGAAAAUAGUGUGCCCAUUUGAUCGAAAAGUGACUAACGUGAAAUAUGGAACCGACAAACUGCCAAAGAACUUUGCAGUUUUGGAGAUUAUGGAUACGUUGAAAAACUCUAAUUCCAAAACCUCUUUUCAACUUGAAAGCCGGAAAAUGAUCGACAUAAUUAAGGAAUUCCGUCGCAAUAGCAAUAGUUCAGUUAAGAAUCUGGUACCAGACCGUGACCACUCCUCAUAUGAAUGGGUCGAUGAUAUUGGAAAUGGAGAAACUUCUGAAUACGAGUCUUUAGAGCAUCCGUAUGCAAGCCGUUCAUUUUAUGCACUUAAUGAUUUGAAUUGA